GACAAAAGAUCAAAGACAUGCCUCUUCUGCAUGUGCACACAGUACAGACCACCUAACCAAAAAGACAAGAGAGAGUGAAUGACACGACAAAACGGCAUUUCAUUCCCCAUUCCCUCUCUCUCUCUCUCUCUCUCUCUUCCCGACCGUUUUUGUCCGAAAUCUCUACCAAUAUCAUCCAGCAGCUGCUUAUCGUCACGACCACCUCCGUAACCUCAAAUUCCGUUUUUGUCCUCCACGCACCACUCCGUUUACCCGAGCCACACCACCGCUGCCGGCACCACCACUAAAUCUAUGUAUAGCAAACUCUCGAUCUUAGGGUUUCUCUGUUCUGGAUUGAUCCUCGGCGCUGGUUAAAGCCAAUGCUGGUUCCCGGAAUCUUAGGGUUUCAGACCGUCCUCUUCGCACUGAUUUGUUUUGUUUGCCUCGUUAUUCGUCACAAGUCGAAGAAUGCGGCGGCGAAGAAGGAGGAGAUCAUGAGGCUGGUUGCUAUGGCCUCCGAGGAGGCUGCCCUGGCCGAGGUCGAAGCCACCGUUGAGUACACUUCCAUGCCGGUGUUGCGUCUCUACCAGUGUGCGGUCUGCUAUAGCGACACCACUAUGCGGUGCUCUCGGUGCAAAACAGUUAGAUACUGUUCUGGCAAGUGCCAGAUCAUGCACUGGAGACAUGGUCAUAGAGAUGAAUGUUGUCGUCAAAUUGGUACCAUGGAGUUUCAAGAUAGAAGUGACUUCGGUGAGAACGCAAUGCCGGCAAAACAGUCUGAAUUAUAUGAUACCAAAGGACUACAUAUUGGUUUUGCAUCUUCUUGUGCCUCAUCAUCUGCAGGUUUCUCCCUAUCUCGUGUUGGAAAUGAAUCAUAUGAUGAUAAUUCUUCCAAUCAGUCAAUUAGGUCUGGCACAAUUGACAGAUCAGAGAAACUCCUUUCUGAUGAUGUUGCCCCUGAUAUGCUUACUACAAAGUCUAGCUUUAAUGAAAUGGAGCUAACUACAUUGCUUCCCACAGAGUCUAUUAAUAAGAUAAAUUUUGUUGAUGGUAAAUCUCGGGCAAGUAAAUCAACUAACAUGAAAUCUGGUCGUAUUGAUGAAAAAGUUGACUUUAAAUCACAAUUCUCUAAGCCCAAGCCACUUGUAACCAAUGAUACGAAGCCAAAAAAUCUGAGCAAUAUCAAGCUCCCCAGAGGAUCUGCUUUAGCCGGAAAGUCAGUUGCAGAUGCCUCAAAGCUUAGGUGCCCACCAUCCUUGAGCUGUUUGGGAUCAGAUUCUGUAGGUGAUGAUGGGACAGAAGAUGCCAAGUUAUUUAAGUGUAAAGAAGUCAGUUCUCUGUCUUCUAAAGCAUCUGGCGAUCAUCCAUCUUCAGCCCUUGGAAGGCAUCUGCUUUCCAAUUCCAAGUCGGGAAAACUUGAUGAUUGUCAUGUCUUUCCUGUGAAAGUUGGUAGCCCCCCAAGCUUGCCACAAGAUGUUCGUAAUGGCUUGAAAAUUUCAGUGCAGAAAGUUGUACAGCAGUUUAGGGCUUCAAAAGAGUCAAAGCACAAGCUCUCAGGUCUUGGGAAUGAUAUUGCUGGGAAGUACAAUUGCAAGAUAGUCUUUCCAUACGAACUGUUCGUGAAACUUUACUGUUAUGAUAAGGUGGAACUGUGUCCAUUUGGCCUUACCAAUUGUGGGAACAGCUGUUAUGCUAAUGCUGUGCUCCAGUGCCUGGCAUUUACUCAGCCUCUUACUACGUAUCUUCUUCAUGGGCAUCAUUCUAAAUCAUGCCGAAAGAAGGGGUGGUGUUUUAUCUGUGAGUUUGAAUGUCUAAUUCAGAAGGCAAAGGAAGGCUAUUCUCCUUUGUCUCCCAUUGGGGUACUAUCUAAAACUGGAAGUAAUCUUGGUCAUGGGAGGGAAGAAGAUGCCCAUGAAUUUUUGAGGUAUGCUGUCGAUACAAUGCAAUCUGUUUGCCUCAAGGAAGCUGGGAGUAUGGGUCCAAUGGCAGAAGAAACAACUCUAGUAGGCCUGACUUUUGGGGGUUACCUUCGUUCUAAGAUAAAAUGCAUGAAGUGCCUUGGCAAAUCUGUCCGGUGUGAGCAGAUGAUGGAUCUUACUGUUGAGAUAGAUGGGGACAUUGGAACUCUUGAAGAGGCUCUCGCACAAUUUACAGCUACUGAGAUGUUGGACCGAGAUAACAAGUACUAUUGCAACAGGUGCAAGUGUUAUGAGAAGGCAAAAAAGAAGUUGACAAUAUUGGAGUUGCCAAAUAUUUUGACGAUUGUGUUGAAGCGAUUUCGGUCUGGUAACCUCGAGAAGCUAAGCAAAUCCAUUCGGUUUCCUGAGGUUCUCGACAUGGCCCCGUAUAUAAAUGGAACGAAUGAAAAACCUUCUUUAUACAGUCUCUAUGCAGUGGUGGUUCAUUUGGAUAUCAUGAAUGCUGCAUUUUCUGGUCACUACGUGUGUUAUGUGAAGAAUAAUGGGGAGUGGUUCAGGAUAGAUGAUAGCACAGUAGAACCUGUAGAAUUGGAGAGGGUCUUGCUGGAGGGGGCGUACAUGCUCCUAUAUGCCAGGCACUCUCCACGAGCCCCGGCUUUCACAAGGAACAAUGGGGUGUCUCAUGGUGGACGGUCAAAGAAAAGGAACUUGGAAGCUGUUCCUUCCAGCCUUACUACAUCCAAGACACAGUCUAAUUCUGUGGCCGCACAGCAGAAGCUUGGAAGAUAUAAUAAUGAAUCGUUCCAUCCAGAUGAUUGGAGAUUUCAUUCAAUGCAAAGAAUUCGAGCAGUGGAUUCAUUGAGUGAGAGUUCUUCCCUAUUCAGCAGCUCAGAUGCGAGUUCUUGCAGCACUGCAAGCACCAAGGACUCGGCAAGUACAGGAGACUUGUCUGAUUAUAUAUUUGGUGAAAUGGGACCCAAUUGUUACAACCAUUACGGGCUUUCAUCAGAAUCAGUUCCAUCAUCCUCCUAUGGUAACUUAGAUGCAGAUUCAGAAAUGAACAAAAAUGUUUCGAGGCUAGCAUCCCGACGAAGGAACGACUGGGGAGAGGAUUUGGAUGGGAAUGGCAACUCUGCUAUUUUGUAUCCUAACACAUCUAGGCAGUUUAGAAAGUCUAGCAGCCAGUUUGGUAGUAGUAGUGGUGGUGCUUGUAGAGACACGGACUUGGAGCAAUCUGGCUAUGCUAACCAUUUUGCUGUAAAUUCUGGUGUAACAUUAAGAAGAAUAGGUGGUAAUAGAUCAGCUCAAACGUUUUCUUGAGGUUUGAGUUUAAAGUA